AUGAGUCAUCAGUGUGCCCCUGUGGUGAACAAGGCCUACAGCGUCUUGGGCUGUGCUAGGAAGACUGCAGAUGACCAAGAACAAAAUUAUAGUCACCUGAUACUAAACAGUGCCACCCAGACACCUACACAUGACAAGCCACGGAUGAACAACAUUCUUACUUCUGCAACCGAACCCUAUGAUCUGUCCUUCUCCCGGUCCUUCCAGAACCUCUCUCACCUCCCACCAUCCUAUGAGUCUGCAGUCAAGACAAACCCAAGUAAAUAUUCUUCUCUGAAGAGACUAACUGACAAAGAGGCAGAUGAAUACUACAUGAGGAGGAGACACCUGCCMGACCUGGCGGCCCGGGGCACCCUCCCAAUCAACGUCAUCAAGAUGUCACAGCAGAGCAACCACAGGGACAGGCCCCGGCGGCCCAUACGGGCCAUGUCCCAGGACAGGGUGCUCUCCCCUGAGAGGAUUAUGCCUGAGGAAUUUAGCAUGUCCUAUGAACGGAUCCUCUCAGACGAGCAGCUGCUGUCAGCUGAGCGCCUCCACUCCCAAGACCCGCUGCUCUCCCCAGAGCGCUCGGGGUACCCGGAGCAGUCAAUGUCACGAGCACUGUCACACACAGACGUCUUUGUGUCAACACCCGUCUUGGAUCGCUACAGGAUGACAAAAAUGCACUCCCAUCCUAGUGCCUCAAAUAACUUGUAUAAUACCUUAGGUAUGAACCCAACCUCUGCCAAGCGUCAAGCGUUUGCCUCUCGGCGACACAACACCGUGGAACAACUGCAUUAUAUUCCAGGACACCACCACCACUACCGCACGGCUAGCAAAACAGAGGUGACUGUUUGAUAUGAGCCUGUGCACUGUAGAUUUCAUUAAGGACUGGGGUGGUCACAGCACCCUCUACAGCAGUGGCCUUAUAGGCCAGGAUAACCUCUAAUAACUCAGUGUCUGAAAGGACUACUUAAACAGUCCCACCCGCAUCGUUUUUAAAGCCACCCAUACAUUGGUGACAUAAGAAGAACCUAAGCAAACAAACAAAAUGAUAGUGAGGAAUAAUGGAGGAUAUGUCCUAACAUGCAUCAGUUUCUGUCAAAGAAAGCCAUAGUAGUAGAUGGCUCCUUCCAAGGGCUCACCUGCACUAUCUCAUUGUUUUUAUGAAUUUAGGACUUUUUGAUCGCUACAAGCAGAAUCACUCUCAUGCAGCCCAUGGCAGGGAGGAGGAACCGCAGCACCCCAUCCUGGCUGGAAGGGGCCCUCUUGCUCUCUCUCAUGCCAGCCCAUGUGUUUGACCUUUCUGUAGCAAGUAGGUUAAGAGUUUGACUGCUGGGGAUCACCUCCAGAUCAUUCGAUAUCAGCCAGCAYCCAUGUAUCUCUUCUUCCUCACCCCUGGAGUACAUUAAAGGGCAGUCUUUCCUAGGGGACUGGCAGAUCUAGGGGCGAGAAUAGUCUGGCUGAGAAAUGAAGUUUUAGUUUAUAUUAAAUAUAUUCAUAAUAUAAAAAUAUACUAGUGCCUACAAGUCGCCUGCUCUCUCAGUGUAGGAAGUAGUAGGGUCGAUGUGUCCAAUAAGCACAAAUAUGCUGAAUAUGCUUGUCAGACCCUUUUCCCACUCAUUCUAGUAUCUGGGUGUCUACAACAUGUAAAUAGGAAGGAGGAAUAGAGUUUCUGUUCCUUCAGCUUCUUGCCACUGCUAAACCUAAAGCGCCAGAAUUCGUCCAGCUUCGCACUGCUAACCUGUGCUAUAAGUUCUGCCUCCACUGAAACUCCUACCAGGCAAGGCUACCAGUGACUCCAUGGAGCCUGGGUUUCUCCCCAGAAGUUUCCUUUCCUCCUGGCAUUCUCCAUCUCUCCAUUUCUGUGCAUAUUUCCUCCAUAAACGUACACCCUAGAACUCCAUAUGUAGCAAAUCUUUUUCUAGCCCUUAGCAGGAAUACUAAGCUAAGUGUGUCAGCAUACCAAAAAGUGGGUUGGUAGCUUUCCAUGAUUGUUUCACCAUGUAGUGGCCCCAAAAAAGUCAUCCAAAUGCCAGUUCCACUGAGUCCCAAACCUAGCCACAUAGACAAUUYCAUUUCAUGCAAACAAAUUAUAUAUCCAGCAUACGUAUAUUAAAAGGGCAUGUUGUAUAAUCUAAUAUAAUGCUAAUUAGAUACUAUAUAUUUGAAAUCUUUUAAAAAUAGACUCAUGGGUCCAGAAUU